UUACUGGAGUGGCAACACUCGGUUAGUUUGUUAGUUAAAAAAAGUGAACAGGAGAAGGAAGGAGUUUAUGUUUUAGUGUUUGCUACCUCUUAAUUCCCUAAAAGAAAUCUCCCUUUCUGUGUUAAGUGUCAAGUACGACUUCAUCUUCAUGGGUGAUAAUAAAAUAUGUGACAUUAGCAAUGAGGUGCUUGAGGAACUGAAGAAAUUUCGCUUUCGCAAGAGUAAAACUAACUCUGCGUUAAUAUUAAAAGUCGACAGGGAGAAACAGUUGGUGGUGCUUGACGAAUUUAUUGAUGAUAUAUCCGUUGAGGAGCUACAAGAUUCACUGCCAGGUCAUCAGCCACGCUAUGUUAUCUAUACGUACAAAAUGGUGCACGAUGAUCAACGAAUUUCGUAUCCAAUGUGUUUUAUAUUUUACACGCCGCGCGACAGUCAAAUUGGCUUGCAAAUGAUGUACGCCUGCACGAAGAGUGCUCUCCAGCGAGAGGUGGAUUUAACCCGAGUCUACGAGAUACGCGAACUGGACGAAUUGACCGAAGAGUGGCUGAGGGAAAAGCUUAAGUAGAUCCGUCUGAUCUACAACAUCCAAUUUCGGAGUGAGCAAAACAAUUCCUUGACACGCGGUGUAAAUACAUAAGAACAUAUUUUGAAUGGAGCAAAAGCAAAUACCAACGAUAACGAUACAUACCAAUACCAAACAAACUAAAUAAUAUGAAAUAUGACAAUUUUUCUACACUCAAAACAAGAAAUUUAGAGUAUUUAUACAUUUAUACAUAGAAUUGCGAUAUAACAUUGUAAUGCAGUAAAUUACAUAUGCAUAUGCUUAUGCACGUGUAAUGAUAAUAAUUUAAAGUGAUUUUAGUUGUGCAUUUAAGUACGAGUAAUAAUUAUAAACAAACAUACAUUAAUUGACAAUUUGCAAUGAUCUUAAAGAAGCUGUGCUUGCCAAAUUUAUAUUAAUUGUACAAAACGAAUACAAAGCAAACAUGACAAAAACAAUUCCAUUUUAUAUUUACACCUCAUAUGUGCUGCUAAAAUAAAAGUGUUCAUAUUAUCUAUAAA